CAUACAUACAAACAAACAUUCAAAACUAAUUCGUUGUACACGAUAACACUGUACCUCACAGUGCAGAGGGUAUAUAAAGACCGCACCCCGCCUCUCAUUAACGCACUUGCUUGUCUUCAACUGAGCACUAGCAUAUCUAUACAUUACAGCUGAAGACUAGUAUAUAGUUGUCGGAACACCAUAAACUCAUUGACUAUGUUAAGCUCAAUCAGAGGGGUACGCCUAACUACCGCAGUGCAACAGUACCCUCGUUUGCUUACAAGUCUCAACACAAUGAAGAAGUACUCGUCACUGGCCGAUACAGUGCAGAGUGAGUCAGGCACCUAUCCUCAGCUGUUGAUUACAAAGAAGAACGUCGCUGAGAUCAAGUCUGAGCCUGCGGCUGUUCCCACUGCAAGUGAUCUCAAGCCUGGGGAAGUGCUGUGUAAAGUCGAUCAGGUGGCACUGACCUCGAACAACGUCACCUACGCCGUCACCGGAGCACCCAACCUAUUCAACUACUGGGGCUUCUUCCCCUCUGGCCAAGAUGACAAGUACGGCAUGGUGCCCGUUUGGGGAUAUGCCGACGUCACAGCCUCGUCUAACCCGGAUGUGGCUGUAGGUGAACGUCUGUACGGCUUCUAUCCGUUGGCCGGCCACUGUGUACUGCAGGCGGAUAGGAUCACAGCCAAAGGCUUCAGAGAUGCUGCGCCACACCGCCAGAAGCUCAACGCCAUCUACAACCAGUAUGUCCGCAGUCACGUUCCCACCGCAGACUCCCCUGUGUCGCCCAAGAAACACAGUAGUACCGAACAUCUCAACUCUAUCAUGCGCCCGAUGUUUACCACGUCGUUCCUGCUGGACGAUUUUCUGUGGCAGUGCUCGGAAGAUGCCCCCGAGGAUACUUCCAAGGUGAAUGUCUCAGACGCCAUCAAGUCUGCGCGGGUCGAUAGUCAAAACAAAGAGAACAACGCCACGAGUGUAGGUGUGAUCGACACUUACAUCAUCUCCAGUGCGUCCAGCAAGACCGGAUACGGCACGGCGUUUCUGAUGCACUCGAACAGAGAGAGCCGCAAAGGUGCCUACAAGAUCAUAGGCUUAACGUCUCAGCCCAAUGUGCAGUUUGUGGAGAGCUUAGGAAUCUACGAUCAGGUAUUGACUUACGACCAAGUCGACCAACUGCCAAGUAAGGAAACCACGGCAAUCUACGCAGACUUCUCCGGUAACGCUAAGCUACGUGCCAAAAUCCACAACUACUACCAGGACAAUCUCAAGAAGGAUGUGGUGAUUGGUGUCACAGACUUUACUAAUCAGGGAUCGGCCAAGGGACUUCCCGGGGCACGUGCUGAGGCGUUCUUUGCGCCGUCAGCUGCGCUAAAGCGCCAGCAGGAGUGGGGCGUAGAAGGCCUCACCAACAAGAUCGAGGACAACUUGGCGCAGUUUGUAGAGUUUUCUAAACCACACGUGGACGUCACAGUUGUUAAGGGUGAAGAGAAUAUCCGCAAACUGUGGACCGAUAUGGUGGAGUGGAAGGUCAGCCCGCAGCAGGGCUUCAUCGCUCAGUUCUAAAAAUAGAAUGGAGCACAAGAUUCGAGAACUGAUUCACAGUCACACCUAAGCAGACUCAAGUGUUAUGUAUAAAAUAGUAGUGCAAUUAAAAUAAAAGAUAUUUGAAUUUCAC